CGCAUCCCCAUUCGCUCGGGAACCGCGCGCAAGAUUCUAUUUGCCAGCGCACUCGGAGCCGUUUGUUGUCAAUCCGUCCCAACGUUUCCGGUGACAAUUGGCCCGUUCCUGCAGCUGGAGGGGGUUGCAAAGUGGGGGAGAGGCUGGAGCAGUGUUCGUAUAUAUUACUCGGGAAGGAGACACCCUCUUGUUGAAGAAGUCAUACCCUUCUCAUUCACUAUCAUCACUCGUUUGCUAAGAUGCAGGUCCUCUUCACUCACCAGUCCGUCCAAGACUCUGGCGUCAUUGGAGAGAAUGUUCUGGACAUUAAAUUUUCAAACGAUCUCUCUACUUCGUUGACAUUGAGUAUUCGGCCAUUUACGAUUGGUUGCGAUAUCAAAAAAAUCCCUACCUCGACUCCCGCUCUCUCUGCUCCGUCAUCGCCACCACUACCACCAUUACUUUCGGCAUCGGCUUCGGUUAUGGGGGCUGGGGUGGAGGAGCCCGAGCCGGUGGCAUUUCAUCCUCCUCCAGCGCCUGCUACUUCGAUAGCAACCCAAACCAGCCUUCCGACGCACGCGGUCGCGUCACCGCCCCCUCCCGCCUCGCUACUCGAUACUUAUAAAGUCCGCCAACUCGACCGGAUAUUCACUGCCGAUAGGUUUUACAAGUACCUUCUAUCGGCACCUUCCACAUCCGCAUACAUUACUACCGACGACGGGUUCCUGUCGGCCUUGCACGGAAUUACCGGGGCGGAGGACUGCAGCGCAGAUUUAGUGGUUGAGGCAUACGAUGGGAUGAAUGAACUACGGAGGGCCAUGAUGGCGGAGGUCAUCAAGGUUGUCGAGGAGGGGCUGGAAAGGGAUGAAAACGAGAGGCUGGAUGAAUGGGUUAAGAUCGAGGUGCCCAAGAUUUUAGAUGAGUUUAUGUGAAGGGUGAGCCUUGGGCGGGGUGGGCGGGGGGUUUUUUUUUUGUCUAUUUUAUUAUUGGAGAUUCUUUUUUUUGGUCAGCAGGGGCGGGCGUUACUAUUUAAUUUUCUUUCUUUUUUU